GUGGCGCGGAGGGGCGGAGCCGCUCUCCUCACCGGGCGGUGUCAGCUAAAGAAAACGGGACAGAGGAGCAGUGAGAGGCCGACACAGGGAUCUAUUUCCCCGGGUGACAUUACUGAAUUGCACCAGCGGACUUCAGGUGUCAAGAUGUCAAAAAAUAUCAGUGCUGAGGAGAUGGAGGAGAUCAGGGAGGGCUUCCAGAAAGUGGAUAUCGAUGGUAAUGGGUACAUCUCCGCCUCUGAACUCAGUAAUCUCUUCCAUGAGGUUCGCUGUCCUUUGCCUGGAUACCAGAUCAGAGAACUCCUUGCAAAACUGGACAAAGACAACGACAGCCGUAUCAACCUCGAAGAGUUCACGGCUAUCUUCCAGGAUCUGAAGGACGACCGCAUGGCUAAGGGUUUCAGGAAAGCUCUCAACAAGAAAGAAGGCAUUGUCGCCAUCGGGGGCACCAGUGAGAUCUCCAGUGCAGGAACUCAACAUUCAAUCUCUGAGCAGGAGCGCUUUGCCUUUGCCAACUAUAUCAACUCUUCCUUGGAGAAGGAUCCAGACUGUAAACACGUCCUGCCCAUCAACCCCAACACUGAAGCUCUGUUUAAAGCAGUGGCAGACGGCAUCGUGCUCUGUAAACUCAUCAAUCUCUCUGUUCCCGACACCAUUGACGAACGAACCAUCAAUAAAAAGAAACUCACAGCUUUCACCACACAUGAGAAUCUUAACUUGGCUCUGAAUUCGGCUUCAGCCAUUGGCUGCCAAGUUGUCAAUAUUGGAGCCCAAGACCUGAAGGAGGGAAAGCCGCACCUUGUGCUUGGACUCCUGUGGCAGAUUAUUAAGAUAGGACUGUUUGCUGAUAUAGAACUGAGCCGCAAUGAAGCUAUAGCAGCGCUGCUGGAGGAAGGGGAGAGUCUGGAAGAGUUGAUGAAACUCAGUCCUGAGGAGCUGCUGCUACGCUGGGCCAAUUUCCAUUUAAAGAAAGUUGGAAUGUCCAUAUCAAACUUUUCUGGUGAUAUUAAGGACUCCAAGGCUUACUUUCACCUGCUUGAGCAGAUUGCUCCAGAUGGCAGCAAAGAGGACGUUCCUCGCGUUGGGAUCGACAUGACGGGUCUUUAUGAGAAGGAUCUUACGAAGAGAGCCGAGUGUAUGCUGAAACAGGCCGACCGCCUCGGCUGUCGGCAGUUUGUAACUGCUACUGAUGUCGUGUGUGGAAACGCCAAGCUCAACUUGGCCUUUGUAGCCACGCUGUUCAACAAACACCCGGCGCUCACCAAACCAGAGAACCAGGACUGGAAUCUGGAGAGUGAGACCAGAGAGGAGAGAACCUUCAGGAACUGGAUGAACUCUCUCGGGGUCAGCCCACACGUUCACCAUAUUUACAGCGAUCUGCAGGAUGCCAUGGUGAUUCUCCAGCUUUAUGAGCGGAUUAAGGUGCCAGUGGAUUGGGACAACAGAGUCAACCUCCCUCCAUUCAAGGGAGUAGGAGGAGGCCAUUUGAAAAAGAUUGAAAACUGUAACUAUGCUGUGGAGUUGGGUAAGACCAAAGCUGGUUUCUCCCUGGUGGGAAUUGGCGGACAGGACCUCUACGAUGGAAAUCAAACUCUAACUCUGGCGCUGAUGUGGCAGCUGAUGAGGAGGUACACUUUAAAUGUUCUUGAAGACCUUGGACAUGGAGAAGUUGCAGGAGAUGAUUUGAUAGUUUCAUGGGUCAACAAGACUUUAGCUGAGGCUGGCAAGAGUUCCUCCAUCAAGAGUUUUAAGGACAAAGCGAUCAGUACCAGCAUUCCAGUUCUGGACAUGAUUGAUGCCAUCCAGCCGCAGAGUGUGAACUUCGAGCUGGUUAAGACGGGAAGUCUGUCGGACGAAGACAAACUGGAUAAUGCCAAGUAUGCCAUUUCCAUGGCGAGGAAGAUCGGUGCUAAAGUCUACGCCCUGCCUGAGGACUUGGUGGAGGUCAACCCAAAAAUGGUGAUGACCAUCUUUGCCUGCCUGAUGGGCAGAGGCAUGAAGAAGGCCUAAAGGAGACACACACACACACGCACACACACACACACACACUGUUUGACCAACACACAUGGUGACUGACCGUCUUUGCCGUCAUUUGAUUUGAUGAGACCCGAAGCGAGUGAACAUAGCUGUAUUAUCUUGCUUUCUAAGCGGUUAUUCAGCUUUAGCAUGAAUAGAAGUGUCACUUUAGAUUCAUCUAUUCUGCAUUCAGCUAUUUGAGACUGACAUAACAACAACAACAUAACAGCACUGAUCUUUUUAGGGCUUGAAAGAAAUUUGUAUUUUCUAAAUGGUCAGGCACUCUGCAGUGAAGCAAGCCUUCUGUAACAGCUACACGGUGAAUAUUUUGGGUUUGGUUUUUUUUUCUGCAUCUCAGUUUUGGUUUGAGACUUGACGGGGUGUGAGUGAUUAGCAGCGUCACAUUCAGAAAGACUCAUACCACCCAUAGCUAUGAAUACAAGUGUGUAUGCAGUGCAUGCCCAGUGCAUGCUGGGGUGGAGCUGGUGCUGCCUGUCUGUGAUGCUCACUAGGGAUAAGAUUAUUCAGGCAAUCAGAGGUUGUGUUUCUUUAAAUGUAAAGGCUGUGGUACAUGGGAAUCAUUUAAAAUGGCAGCAUCCCAGUGAGACUUUGCUGCAGUCUUAACUCUGCAUUCCUGCUUUUUCACCAAAGGCAUACUUAAUGUACUUUACCAGUAACACCUCAAAGUUUCCCAUGUGUCACUGCCCCCGAUAUACCAACUAGGUUCUGCUGUAUCUUCCAACAUGGUAGCCAGUUCACAGUAUGAACAUUUAAGCCAUAAUAUUCUAUACUGAAUACCUUUUGGCCUUUUUAUAUGUGGCCUCAGCUGUGCCAGAUUAUUGACACUUUAUGUCUUCAUGCUAGAAACUAUAAAACUGAAUACCUUAAUUUGUUUGAAUAAUAUGCCCAUUAAUUUUAAAUUUUAAUUAAUAAUUUUACUGAGAUUUUAAGUGGAUAAUCAUUAGCUAGAUCAAUGGAUGUAAUUCAUGUGUAUAUUUUAUAAGAAAAAAAUUUUUUUACUGAUUGUGUUUAAAACACCUUAAUUUAUGCAGAAAAUCCAUUAUAACGCCUUAAUAGAUUAAAAUCCAUUUUAUCCAUUAUGAAACCACCAAUCAGAUGUAUUAAAUACCUGAAUACUGCAUAAUAAUUCCUUAAAUGUCACUUAUUUGCAGCUGAAGAUAUUUCAUAUUUCAUACCCCUAUCUGUACUGUUAACCACCUCAAAGAGCUUUAAUGCAGGUUUUUCUGUUGCUAAUUGCAGCUAAAACCUCUGGUGACAAAUUUCUUGUCUUAUGUGAGUUUAAAAUAUGAAUAAAUUUAAUGCUGCAGUUGGAUAAGUUAUCUAGUUUCGUUGCUGCUGAUGUUGCUGCUGUUUUUUUUUUUUGUCUCAAAAGUUUUCUAAAGAUUUUUCAGCUGUUUCUCUUUAUCAACUCUUUACAAUCCAACUGUGGGUAAAAGUAUUGCUUUACAUUAUAGCAAUACCUCCAAAAUCCAGUGUGUACAAUCAGAUAUAUAAUAUUAAAUAAAAGCAUUUUCCAUA